AUUUCAAAUGAACACAUUCCAACACCGUCAGUGAUUAUAUACGAUGAAAAAACUCGCACUGCUAGUUUUGGUAAUGAAGAAGAAGAGAGCAGUGAAUUCAAGUUGAAAAGGCGACGUCUGCGACGGGAUCAAAAAAUACACGGAGAUGGGGUCAAACGGUCACAGCUUAUAGAUGAACGUCGAAUUAGAGCAAUUAGAGCAAAAAAUGACAUGAAACAAGCAGUUAAAACGGCUAAAAUUGCUGGCAAAGCUAUCGAGUACAAAGGACCACUCAAUAGGGCAAAUAUUGACUGUAAUAGCGAUAAUUGUACUCAUAUUGAAUGUGAUAUCCGACGACUUAAUGAGGAUGAAUUUAUUUUGGUAGAAAUUUAUGCACGUUUAGCUGUUAACACUUUAAUUGAUAAUAAUAUCUAUGAAGCGGAUAUCUCAUCAAUUGCUAUGGCAAAAAUUUCAGCUUUACCUAAUGCACCGCGGUAUAAUCCACCAGCUCAGCUUGUAGCGGUAACAACAGAUGUAAAUCCGACUGAUCCAGAACAAGCCCAUCGUGGAGUACCAUGGUGGUUAUAUUUAAUUGCUAUUCUAAUUGGACUUGUAAUAUUGGCGUUACUUAUUUUGUGCCUUUGGAGAUGUGGUUUCUUCAAGCGUAACAGACCACCAACUGAGCAAGCUACAUAUAAUACAGGUAGCAAAAAUGCUGACGUAUACGCCGAUAGUCAAGUUAGAUAUGCUCAUCCACAAAUGUAUUCUGAAGAACGACACGGUGUUCGAGUCUAA